AUGCCACCCAAGAAGGGCCAACGUAAGUCGAUGCCUGCGCGCAUCAAUAAAGCGCCCACAUUGACACCUUCUCGGCGCUCCCCCCGAGUACCUCCCCCGUCAAAAAGUACAAAUGAGAACGUGCAACCCGCCAAAACGUUGAACCUUACAUCCGCCUCUCCACAAGACACUUCUAUCAACAUUCGUUUUUACACCCCGAGCAAACCUGUUACAAGUAAUACACCUGUUCCAAGUUCUAGUUCACGUGGGAAAUCUCCUGAAACACCUUCUUCGCGCCGACGAACCUUUCAGUCUCGUCCGUCACGUCUUUCAAACGUUUACACUCCAGCCCUAGAAACCCCGGCCACAAACCCGGGGAGUCGACGGACGAGGAGAACAGCUGCACUUGAAACACCUAAGAAGGAAGUCUCAGAUAUUGACUUUCCAGAGAGCACUGGUGGCCCCAGCUGGACAAUUGACCAGUACAUGGGCAGCUUUGAAUCCGAAGAAACAGUCGAUGGUCCAUCGAGCCCUACCAGUGCCUCCGACAUGCGGAACUCAUCCCGGGUUCGUAAGCCCACCAUGAGGGCCAUUGAAUCUUUUGAGUCAACCAAGAAGAAACCUCGCCGCAAGAACAUGACAGUGUCCACCCCGACCGUGGAAACUCCUGCUUCUACUACCCCUGCUCCUGCUGCCCCUCCUUCCACCGUGGCUACCAAGGUUGUGAAGAACAAUGUUUCGAAGCAACCAAUGAGAAAAACCAGAAAGUCAAAGAGAAUGACCAACUUAAACAUGCGGAAGAAUGCUGUCUUGAUCGGUUUCGAUAUUGACGCGAAAGUAACUGGCAAGAAGCUGUAUGACUUGACUGUUUCAGCCCUAAGCCCUGACUUUACCCUUCCUUUCAAUUUCGCUGUGUUCUGGAAGCAGCAGCGAAGUGAAUACUUCCGACGUCAAGAUGAAGAAAAAUAUGGCGUCGACAUGCCCACCACUGAAGCCACCUUGCCGAGUGAUGUCGAUCUCGAUGUCGAAAUGAUCGACCAAGACCUCCCAGCGCCUGUGACCGCUCCUUCUCCCAAUCCUCCUUCCACCGCAGUGACCAAUGGCACAGUCACCAACGGCUCAAGCAUCCUGAGCUACAAAAAGCAGUCUGACAGCAAGGUCAGAAGUGAUGGCUGGAUUCAGACUGGUUAUGUCAACUCCAGUGGUGAAGAGGUUGCUCUGCUUCCAGAGAAUUCCCACCCCUAUUAUCCUGCUCACACCUACGGCUACGAGGGUCUUCCUUUCCCCCCGGUGCGCGCCAGAACCAACCAGCAAGCUGAGGCCGAUGCUGCUCACAGCUUCGCUCCACUCAUGGGAGAUCGAAAUCUCCCAUUCGAGGCAGCGGCCCCAUUCGUCACUGAAAACGUGGAGGAGGAGAAGGCCAGGGCUCUGGCUCGGACCCCUGUGCCAGCCCCCGCAACCAAGAAGCCCCGCGCCCGAAAGCGCCGUCAGACUGUGGCCGCAGAUGCCGCAGAUGAGCCUGCUGCAGCCGUCCCCGCCACCGCCACUACUACUGCCGAGACCACCGGCGGACGCAAGUCACAGCGUCGUCGUCGCCAGACCGCCCCGACCUCCACUUUCCCCUCCCCCACUUCUCCCACCUCUCCUACCUCUCCUACCUCUCCCCCGACUACUGCGACCCAGGUCCAGUCUUCGGGCCCGGCUGCCGCCGUCGCCCCCGCUGCCAUCGAAGGCGAAAAGCCUAAGAUCCAGCGGCUCCGGCUGACCUUGAAGCCGGCACCCAAGACUGAGGCCUCCGGGGUUGAAGCAUCUGCUUCCAGCCCCGCCGUGCAGUCCCCUUCCUCCCCCGCCCCCUCACGUGCGCCGUCCUCCGCACAAACCAGCAAGCGCCGCCGCCGCCGGGGCAUGUGA